UCAUGAGCUUUAAAGGUUUGUUUACAUACAGUGUGUCUCUCGGCGUCCUCCACUCUAUUUACGUUCAUGCUGUGAACUAAGAGAAAAUAGUUUACCCAGCUACAAUGUCGAGCAGCAACAAGAGAAUCCUCUACGUCGGUGGGUUAGCCGAUGAAGUGACAGAGGAUGUGUUGCGAUCUGCCUUCAUCCCAUUUGGUGAUGUUGUUGACAUACAAAUUCCUCUCGACUAUGAGACAGAGAAACACAGAGGCUUUGCCUUUAUUGAGUUUGAGUUGCCGGAAGAUGCAAUAGCUGCAAUUGAUAAUAUGAAUGAAAGUGAACUGUUUGGUCGGACAAUUCGUGUAAAUCUAGCAAAACCACAAAAAGCUAAGGAGGGCUCAUCACGUGCUGUGUGGGCCGAUGAUGAAUGGUUGAAUAAGUAUGCUGGGGCAACGUUAGAUGCUGAAGGUGGAGAAGGGGAAGAAGGAACAUCAGAGGGUACUCAGCAGUCAACUGAAACUGUUAAGCGGCCAGCAGAAGAAACACAGGAAGAAGAACCAAAGACAAAGAAGAAGAAGACAAAUCCCCAAGUUUACUUUGAUAUAAAAAUUGGAAAGAGCCUUAUUGGAAGAAUAUCGAUGCAGCUGAGGGCAGAUGUAGUUCCUAAAACUGCUGAGAAUUUCCGCUGUCUGUGUACCCACGAGAAGGGCUACGGCUACCAAGGCUCUACUUUUCAUCGUAUUAUUCCUGGUUUUAUGUGCCAGGGAGGAGACUUUACAAAUCAUAAUGGAACAGGUGGACGCUCUAUUUACGGUACAAAGUUUGAAGAUGAAAACUUCAAGUUAAGGCACACAGGUCCAGGAAUACUGUCAAUGGCUAAUUCAGGUCCCAACAGUAAUGGAUCUCAGUUCUUCCUAACCACCGAGCGUACAGAGUGGCUAGACAAUAAGCACGUUGUGUUUGGACAGGUCGUCUCUGGUUUAGACGUAAUAAGGAAGAUGGAGAAAUGCGGAACAAAAGCUGGAAAACCAUCGGAUAAGGUUGUCAUAUCUAAUUGUGGUGAACUUGUUUAGUACCCUGCACUAUAUUUAAUAUCAACGGUAAAAGACCCCAUAUAUUAAUUUUGUCUUCCAAAUCAAAUUUAAUAAAUAUUUGCUAAAUUAUAAUUGGUCUUAUUUUCAGUGUUUUGGACAAUAUUGCAUGAAAUCGUCUGGAAAAAUGCACUCACCAGGUACAUGGUUUUGUAUUAUUUAAUUAUUUUAUUUACCAUUUAGUUCCAGAUGAUGUCUCAACAAUGCCCCAACUCAUUUACUUCAAAUUUGACACACAUGCAUUAGCUUGGUGCUAUUUGAUGUCAAGAUUUUAGGUAAUGUUACCCCCUCCCAAUGGCUGUUUAGAGAUUUAUACAGUAUUUAUUUUAUUGGGGGUCAACGUAUCUGAAUGAUAUUUCAACAGUGGCUCAGCUGAUCACUUAAUCAUUCGAAGUACCAUACACAUACUGUACAUUGAUAUGUAGUUAUUUGCCCUAUUAUGUUCAGGUGCUGACAUUUCCUAGAUUAUUAUUUUGGACUACUUUUCUGUUUUAAGCUUUUGUUCUUUUGGUCAUCUUCAGAUGUUAUCUUAAAGUCUAAACAGAUUGCCUCAACUUUGAAUCACAUUGAAUUACAUUGUGUGUUGUGUUGUUAUUUUGAAAUGCACAUACAUGGGAUCCUUGAUAAUUCAGUAAUCCACCUGUGAACUGAGCCAGUCUCAAAAUACAAUGUUCUCAAAAUUCUAAUACUGGGGGUGUAAUUCAGUCUUUACAUUGAUAUUUUUUCUCUCUCUCUUUUAAGCAUUUCAUACUGGCUUCUAGUAAAAGACCAAUGCCCAGUGAUGAGCGUAGUAAUGCUAGAGACAAAAUGCAAGUGUCUCACAUUAAAAGCACCAGCACACUUUACUACCUGUACUCCAGUAUAAAUAGCAAAAGAUUACAAAACUCUAUCUAAUUCUUCAUCUUAACUGCACUGAGUUAUCAAGGUUCCUCUGUAUGUUGUUGUUAUAAGGUGUAUCUUUUAUGUGGGGUAAAAGUUUGCCCUUGAUAGCUAUAAUGAAAAUUAAUAUAACCGGGUAAUAUUUUAACUUUACCAUAGCAUAUUGUGAUGACAAUUGUUUAUGGGUCAUGUUUCCCGUUUGUUACUUCUUUCGGGAUAAUUUUCAUCAGUGUCUACCAGUUUGCUUCAGAUUCGUAUCACUGAUGCCAUGUUAUUAUGUAGUAAUGAUGUUGUAUUGUUUUGAGGUGAUGUUUCUCCUGGUGGCCAUUAGGGAGUUAAUAUUUGCAUCUGUAAACAAUCAUUUCUGGUCAUAAUUUUGACAAAAUCUUGCUAAAUUUAGAGUAAUUUUGUACCCUGGUGGCCGGUUUAUGAGCAAAUUUCCAGACAAUUCAUCAUUUCCUCAACAAAUUUGAAAACACAUACCUUGUUUGUGUGGCUUUAGUGACUUGACUUGUCAUUUCAUAUCUUUAAUGUUGAUCUCCAGAUGGUUCACAGAAUUUUCUAUAUUGUAGAGAAAAGAUAACAUGACACUGUUGUCCUGGGAGAACUUAAAAAUUUGCAUGAUCCUAAUUUUUGGUAAUGCAUUACAAUUCACUUUAAGUCUAUGUAGAGCUUCAUUGUACUCCCUGAAUCCUACUUAAAGUUGCCCCUUGCUA